AUGGCUACCUCCCUCGACUCCUCCGUCCAGUAUGAGCGUGACCUCCGCAGCUCCCACAAGGAAUGGAAGCGCAGCAAGGACUCGUCUACAAAGUGGGCCUCAGGAACCCGCGACCUCCCCGGCGUCAAGAAGGACUGGAACAUGGCGGGUGAGUUGCUUACUACGAGCAACGGACACCCUAACCAGAUGACCAAGUCGCGACCAGCGAGGAGAGUUCGGGAUGCUUGGUCCACCAGCGGCUGCGAAUACCCCAAACAGUCCUCCCGCAACCUGUACAAGCUCCGCCACCACACCGGCGGCGGGCGUUCCAACAACAACAUCGGUUACCACUCCAUCAACUUUCCCAAGCUGUUCGCGCACAAGGAUAUCCGCUAUGAUGAUCGCGAGGAUUACUCAUCUACAACUCCUUCAUCAACACCAUCCGUCUCCAAGCACCUCUUCUCCUCAGUAACAACACCAGCAGAGGAUAACUUUCUCUACUCGUUCGACCAAGACUCCACACCAGGCUUCAGUCGCACCCCCUUGACUCUGGAAAACUUUGUCAAGACAGACGACCGCAAGACGGAGAAGUUUGUUGAGAAGGAGUACGAGAUUCUGGAUGCGAAUGGUGAAACCCUAAAAGGCCGCAAGGCGAAGAGGAGGGGGUUGAGGGGUGGUGCUGCUGCUUCCGGCGGCUCUGGCGGCUCUGGGAAGGAGGAGGAGGAGGAGGUGGAGGAGGAUGAGGGUUUUGAGUUGGUUUGA